UUCCACCAUUGCUCUUUGUUUGGAUUGUUGAGACGACGCUUUUUCUUAGCUUUUUAGAAAAACAAUUGGAGAUCCCUUUUUAAAGACGGCCUUCCCAAUGAAGAUGAAACUAGUUGACCAGGUUGUACGUAGUUUUCGGGUGGCGAAAGUGUUUCGAGAGAAUACAGACAAAAUAAACAGUAUCGACUUUUCUCCGAACGGAGAAACCUUAAUAUCGUGCAGCGAAGAUGACCAAAUUGUAAUAUACGACUGCGAAAAAGGCACACAAGUCCGUACAGUUAACAGCAAAAAGUACGGGGUCGAUUUAAUCCAUUUUACACAUGCAAAAAACACUGCUGUACACAGCUCGACUAAGGUCGAUGAUACUAUUCGAUAUUUAUCUUUGCACGACAAUAAAUAUAUUAGAUACUUUCCUGGACACACAAAAAAGGUCGUUUCACUGUGCUUGUCGCCUGUAGAAGACACUUUUUUGUCAGGUUCACUGGACAAAACUUUACGAUUGUGGGAUCUACGAUCACCCAAUUGUCAGGGUCUUAUGCAUUUAUCUGGCAGGCCUGUGGCUGCUUACGAUCCUGAAGGCUUGAUUUUUGCUGCUGGAGUCAAUUCAGAAAGUAUUAAACUUUAUGAUCUGAGGUCUUUUGAUAAGGGACCCUUUGUAACAUUCAAAUUGACACAAGAAAAAGAAGCUGAUUGGACAGGUUUAAAGUUUUCAAGGGAUGGAAAAACCAUUUUGAUCAGUACAAAUGGAUCAAUAAUAAGAUUAAUAGAUGCUUUCCAUGGUACUCCAUUACAGACGUUUACAGGGCAUUUAAAUAAUAAAGGUAUUCCCAUUGAGGCAUCGUUUAGUCCAGAUUCUCAAUUUAUAUUUAGUGGAUCGACUGAUGGCCGUGUGCAUGUAUGGAAUGCAGAUACAGGUUAUAAAGUUUGCGUUUUAAAUGCUGACCAUCCUGGUCCAGUUCAGUGUGUUCAGUUCAAUCCUAAAUAUAUGAUGCUUGCUUCGGCUUGCACCAACAUGGCAUUUUGGCUACCAACUAUUGAAGACACAUAAAUUAAUCAAUUUAUCUUUUGGUGGAUUAUAUUAGUUUUCAAAGUGAGGUUAGGUUUAAAAACCGUGUUUUUUUACAAAAUUUGAUUGUACCUGUGUUUAAACUCUGAACGUCUGUGUACCAAGUUGUAAAUAAUUUUUUUAUUGGUAGGUUAGAUUUUUUAAUUUUUACUUGAAGUUAAUGAAAAUGUAUGUUUUGUAUCUACAUUAAAUUAUUUUUCUAUUAUUUUUGCAUUUUACUUGUCUAUGAAAAGUUGUUUUCUACAGGGUUUAAAAGGCAAAAGCUACAUUGUUUUUUUUUGAAAAAUUCUUGAUUAAUGUUAAACAUAUCAGAAAACUAGUAGCAAACUUUUAAAAAUAAUUGUUAGGGUGCCUAAAACCUAUUUUUAUUGAGUAAUCAAAUCUAUUUGGCAAAAAUAUUGGUGAAUGUGAUAUUUCUCUCUAGUUGACAUUAUCUUAUAUUUAUUAGAAAAGCAUACAUGUUCCUGUAUUUUAAACGAUGUUUAGAAUAUAUUGUGUAUCAGUAUUUAUUUGUGAUAGGUUUUAAACUUUUAAGUGGUGUUUUUCCCAUUUUAAAAUACUUACGUAAUGACUGAUUCAUCAAAUUUACUCUACAUUACAUUUUGUUUUUAUCUAUGCAUAGAUUAAAAAUAUAUAUGCUU